GACACGUCCUAAUAUCGAAGACUACAUCAUCCGAAUAGCAUCAAGCAUGCCAAUCGCUCUCGAGGAAGAGAAUGACGGUUCAGGAUCAGAGGCCGGGAAUGUCAUCCACGAGCGUGGUCUUGGAUGCCUGCCCGUUGCACACCUGGAUGACAGCUUUACGGGCGAGCCAACGAAUGGAGCUGAGUACUUGGCGAUGAUACAAAAGGAGGCAGCUUCCCUACCCUUUACGACAAAGAUGGAUCUACCAGGACCCAUCGCGGAGACGAAUACGCAACAUGACGACCGAGAAGUUGAACAAGGAUCAACCUUGACAAGGCAUCCAGCAUUACCAAAGGAAUCGUGGUAUGUUGCGUUCGAUGGCCAUUUCAGGUCGUAUCGCAAGUUCAUCCGCACGUCCCGGCCGACAUUACAAGCCCGAUACAAGGAGACUAUUGCUCAAUCUUCCGCGAGCAAGAGGCCCCUCCCGAACAGUCGAUCCGAGACGCAAUGGGCUACUUUCAUCAAUGGAGCGAGGCGGAAGAAGAUGCACAAGACCUCCGUACAAAGUGAUGGCGACGGAUCAAAGACCUGCCCUACCGAAGACGGCGCACCGGAUGAGGAGGAAAUCGCCAACAACGCCCCCACCAGCACGGGAAUUUUCGAGGAUACUUGUUCAUCGCUGAUCGAGUCAGCUUCAGCGGAUGAUGUGGAAUCCGACUCGCCGUUUGUCUGGGAACCACAACAACCAAAGCAUCUCCCGCAAGAGCCGUAUCUACCUAUGCUCGCGACGCUGAGUCAGGACCACAUUUACGUCGCGCUGAGGUCUCUCAACGAUCAGAUCUUCGCUAGGAUUCGUGCACUUGAUGGGCCCAAUCUGCUGAUGGAAACUCAACCUGGCUCAUCCAACGACGUCAGCCCGAGAGCCAUGGCCCUACCGCUACCCGCUCAUCAAGCGCGAUGGAUCUUUUCUUUGCUUCUCUUCCUCGAUGAUUACCUCCCACCAAGCGAUCUCGCCGACCUGCGUGGUAUCGCCAAAACGUGCCUGCGGAUCGUCAGGUGGCAGGUUACAUCGCAUACCUAUGUGAGCGCCGAUGCUCAAAAGGAUCAAAGUGAGCAAGAAGACAUGCGCACAUCAUGCUGGAUCAUCCAUCGCGCGAUUAGCACCGGAUGGGCUCAGAACGACUUGCCGCGCGAUGCAGAGGCGAUAUUUGCUCGAAUACAGAAGAAUCAGCUCCAGUGA